UAAGGGCUGCUCUUAGCGGUGGUGCUGGGCUCACUGGUGGUGGUGGUGCUGGGCUGCAAGCCAGGGGGACGCCAGGGCUGUGCCCUGUCUGCCUUUGCUGCCCAACCUUCCCUCCAAUUUGUUCUGACCCACAGCAGUUUGAGUGCCUGGGCUGGGUAAGGUGGGCAGAGCAUGAAAGAGCUGGGCAGUGGCCAUCCUGGCCAAGGCCCUGGGUAGUGGCCAGCCUGAACCCCAGCAGGAGACCCUCAUUCCCACCUAUUGCCCAAACGGAGCAGGAUUGGUUGGGGGGAGCCUGGCAGAGAGCAGAGGGAGGUUUUCAGGGGCGCUGGAGGGACGGGAAGAUGCCUCUUUGCUUGGGAGGAAAGAGAAAUGACCUCUGAGGAAUGGAAGGGGGAAACAAGGGUGAGCCUGGGGAGGGGGGGCGGCUGUUGACCACCAACCUGGCUCUCCUGUCCAGCUAGAGUUUGGUUUUGAGUGAAAGGCUCCAUCAUGAGUCUAGAUUGUGGGUCUCAGGAUGAGCUCUGAUUCCUUUCUCUGAGUCAAAGGCUGGGUCUCAGAUCUGAGUCCAAGUUCCCCAUGGGCCUUGGAGAUGUGAUGGACACUGGAGAGAGAAACAGGAACCUCCCUGGAGGGCUGGGAGAGACGGAGGUGGGAGCUCUUCUGGGAAACCCCCAGAGAGAUGGGGCAGAGGAGGUGGAGCUGGGGCUGUAUCCUCACCCGGCGCCCACCUUGCAGGGCCCCUACUGUGCCCCGCACCCCCUUUCUCUCCUGGUGCAGGCGGCGGCACUGGCAGCGGCCCUGGCUCAGGGCACCCUGCCUGCCUUCCUGCCCUGUGAGCUCCAGCCCCGUGGUCAGGUGAACUGCAACUGGCUGUUCCUGAAGUCUGUGCCGCACUUCUCGGCUGGAGCCCCCCGGGCCAACGUCACCAGCCUCUCCUUAGUCUCCAACCGCAUCCACCACUUGCAUGACUCCGACUUCGUCCACCUGUCCAACCUGCGGGUCCUCAACCUCAAGUGGAACUGCCCGCCGGCCAGCCUCAGCCCCAUGCACUUCCCCUGCCGCAUGACCAUCGAGCCCAACACCUUCCUGGCUGUGCCCACCCUGGAGGAGCUGAACCUGAGCUACAAUGGCAUCACGACCGUGCCUGCCCUGCCCAGUUCCCUCGUGUCCCUGUCGCUGAGCCACACCAGCAUCCUGGUGCUAGACCCCACCCACUUGGUCGGCCUGCAGGCCUUGCGCUUUCUGUACAUGGACGGCAACUGCUACUACAAGAACCCCUGCCAGCGGGCCCUGGAGGUGGCCCCGGGUGCCCUCCUCGGCCUGGGCAACCUCACGCACCUGUCGCUCAAGUACAACAACCUCACGGAGGUGCCCCGCCGCCUGCCCCCCAGCCUGGACACCCUGCUGCUGUCCUACAACCACAUUGUCACCCUGGCACCCGAGGACCUGGCCAAUCUGACCGCCCUGCGCGUGCUUGACGUGGGCGGGAACUGCCGCCGCUGCGACCACGCCCGCAACCCCUGCAGGGAGUGCCCAAAGAACUUCCCCAAGCUGCACCCCGACACCUUCAGCCACCUGAGCCGCCUCGAAGGCCUGGUGUUGAAGGACAGUUCUCUCUACAAACUAGAGAAAGAUUGGUUCCGUGGCCUGGACAGGCUCCAAGUGCUCGACCUGAGUGAGAACUUCCUCUAUGACUACAUCACCAGGACCACCAUCUUCUGGAAACUGCCCCAGCUGCGCAAACUCAACCUGUCCUUCAAUUACCACAAGAAGGUGUCCUUCGCCCACCUGCACCUGGCGCCCUCCUUUAAGGGCCUGGUGUCCCUGGAGAAGCUGGACAUGCACGGCAUCUUCUUCCGCUCCCUCACCGAGGCCACGCUCCAGCCACUGACCCACCUGCGCAAGCUCCAGAGUCUGCGUCUGCAGCUGAACUUCAUCAACCAGGCCCAGCUCAGCAUCUUUGGGGCCUUCCCGAGCCUGCUCUUCGUGGACCUUUCGGACAACCGCAUCAGCGGGGCCGCGACGCCGGCGGCCGCCCUGGGGGAGAUGGACAGCAGGGUGGAGGUGUGGCAGUCACCCAGGGGCCUCACUCCAGGCCCGCUGGACACCGUCAGCUCAAAGGACUUCAUGCCAAGCUGCAACCUCAACUUCACCUUGGACCUGUCACGGAACAACCUGGUGACGAUCCAGCAGGAGAUGUUUACCCGCCUCUCUCGCCUCCAGUGCCUGCGCCUGAGCCACAACAGCAUCUCGCAGGCGGUUAACGGCUCCCAGUUCGUGCCACUGACCAGCCUGCGAGUGCUCGACCUGUCCCACAACAAGCUGGACCUGUACCAUGGACGCUCGUUCACGGAGCUGCCGCAGCUGGAGGCACUGGACCUCAGCUACAACAGCCAGCCCUUCAGCAUGCAGGGCGUGGGCCACAACCUCAGCUUCGUGGCCCAGCUGCCCUCCCUGCGCUACCUCAGCCUUGCGCACAACGGCAUCCACAGCCGCGUGUCACAGAAGCUCAGCAGCGCCUCGCUGCGCGCCCUUGACUUCAGCGGCAACUCCCUGAGCCAGAUGUGGGCCGAGGGAGACCUCUAUCUCUGCUUCUUCAAAGGCUUGAGGAACCUGGUCAGGCUGGACCUAUCCGAGAACCAUCUGCACACCCUCCUGCCUCGUCACCUGGACAACCUGCCCAAGAGCCUGCGGCAGCUGCGUCUCCGGGACAAUAACCUGGCCUUCUUCAACUGGAGCAGCCUGACCCUCCUGCCCCAGCUGGAAGCCCUGGAUCUGGCGGGAAACCAGCUGAAGGCCCUGAGCAACGGCAGCCUGCCGCCUAGCACCUGGCUCCGGAAGCUGGACGUGAGCAGCAACAGCAUCGGCUUUGUGACCCCUGGCUUCUUCGUCCUCGCCACGGGGCUGAAAGAGCUUAACCUCAGCGCCAACGCCCUGAAGACGGUGGAGCCGUCCUGGUUCGGCUCCUUAGCAGAGACCCUGAAAAUCCUAGACGUGAGCGCCAACCCGCUGCACUGCGCCUGCGGGGCGGCCUUCGUGGACUUCCUGCUGGAGAUGCAGGCAGCCGUGCCCGGGCUGUCCAGACGCGUCACGUGUGGCAGCCCAGGCCAGCUCCAGGGCCGCAGCAUCUUCGCACAGGACCUGCGCCUCUGCCUAGACGAGACCCUCUCCCUGGACUGCUUUGGCCUCUCGCUGCUAAUGGUGGCGCUGGGCCUGGCAGUGCCCAUGCUGCACCACCUCUGUGGCUGGGACCUCUGGUACUGCUUCCACCUGUGUCUGGCCCGUCUGCCCCGACGGGGGCGGCGGCGGGGCGAGGACACCCUGCUCUACGAUGCCUUCGUGGUCUUCGACAAGGUGCAGAGCGCAGUGGCCGACUGGGUGUACAACGAGCUCCGUGUGCAGCUGGAGGAGCGCCGUGGGCGCCGGGCGCUCCGCCUCUGCCUGGAGGAGCGAGACUGGCUCCCCGGCAAGACGCUCUUCGAGAACCUGUGGGCCUCGGUCUACAGCAGCCGCAAGACCAUGUUCGUGUUGGACCACACGGACCGGGUCAGCGGCCUCCUGCGCGCCAGCUUCCUGCUGGCCCAGCAGCGCCUGUUGGAGGACCGCAAGGACGUCGUGGUGCUGGUGAUCCUGCGCCCCGCUGCCUACAGGUCCCGCUACGUGCGGCUGCGCCAGCGCCUCUGCCGCCAGAGCGUCCUCCUCUGGCCCCAUCAGCCCAGUGGCCAGGGUAGCUUCUGGGCCAACCUGGGCAUGGCCCUGACCAGGGACAACCGCCACUUCUAUAACCGGAACUUCUGCCGGGGCCCUACGACAGCCGAAUAGCACAGAGUGACUGCCCAGCACUCCUUUAACCCCACCCCCCACUCCCCGCACACCACCCCCCCCACCCCGUCUUGCCUCUCUGCCUGGGAUGCCCCAACUUGCCUCCCUUUGCAAUCCCACUGCUCUGUCUGGCCCCCUGGCAUAGAGCAGGCACACAAAUAAAUGCUGCUGGAGGGCCAACAGCUAACCCUGAGCUCACUGGAGGUGCUAUUGGGAGGAAAAAGGGGAGAAUUCACCAGGCCUAAAACAAAGGGGGGAGCAAGAGGUGAUUGGGGGUAAUUACCAUGGAGGAAAAGGGAGGGCCCACAGGGCUUAGGCUGGCAGGGUUAGGGGGGAAGCUGCUAAGGGCAGUUGUGUUCACUGGCAUCUUUUCCGGACAGUGAGGUCUUGAUCCUUCCCAGAGAAGAGACUGGGUCUCCUGACCCUUUCGAUUCAAGCUUGGCAUUCCUCUGUAACUGGCCUCAGGAUCUAUCUCCCUCACCAGCAGGGCCUAGGGUGCCUCGAGGGCAGGCAGGGAAUCUGCAAGCCUGCUUCAUUUCUGACUGGCACCAGAUUCCUAAGAGGUGGCAACCAGGGGGAAUGUUCAUUCCUAAAGAGAUCAGGAAGAUGUGCAGCAAGCUCAGAGCGGGUGACUGCGCCUUCUGGUGGCCAUGUUUAUGCUGUACCAGGGAGGCUGGUCCAGGCUGGGGAGAGGAAGGCCUGUGGGUGAAUCCAGGCAGCAGCGAGCUGAGAGCCAGGGAAGAGUCUAAGGUGAGCUCACAGCCCAUCCCUUUCUGUAUCCACCUUGAGUGCAUGCUGAAUCUCUCUGUUCUGCAUCAAAGGGACACCUCGGUGAGCCGUCACCUGGCUUCAAAGGUGGGGCCUCCCUUUCCUGCCCCUGCCUCUCAUAGCUGAUUGUACAUAGGU